GGAGGUGGUGGGGCCUUCCCUCCAAUCAGAGGCAAAGGUGGGAUCCAGAAUCCUGAGCGCACGCCGGUCCGGGGCGAUGCAGUCGGACGACCUCUUCGUGCGCAAGAUGCGACGCCACUCGAACCGGCCGCCACUCACCUCGUUCUCGUUCGACAACUUCCGGGCCCCCAAGCCCCAGGUGGGCGAGGGCCCACUGGUGGGCCACUGUGGCCCGCCACUGAGGUCGCCGCAGCACAGCUGUCUCAUGCACCGGAGCAACAGUGACAUGACCCUGGGCGAAGGGGAGCUGGCAGUCACCCCGGCCGCCCCCAGCUCACCGUUGCCGCUGGGCUCGGAGUCUGGGGCUGAGCUUCAGCGAAACAGCAGUAGCCCCAACAUGCCGUCGAAGAGCAUGGUGCCCCCUCGAGCCCGGGCACACAGCCACGAGGAGUCACGGGUGGGCAGCCCCACUGCACGGCGCUUCCGCGACCCCUUGCUGCUGCUGGGCCUGGCAGCCACAGACGUGUGGGAAACGGACGGAAGCAGCGCCCCGUCAACGGAGGGCAGCGUGUCCCUCCCGGCACCAGAGGUGGCCACGCCGGUGUGGGGCCGCCAUCUGGCCCACUAUGACGUCCAGAGCAUCCUCUUUGAGCCAGGCGAGGGGGCCCGGGAGGCCGCCAGGCAGGGCAAUGUCACCACAGGAGCCUCAGCUGCUUCGCAGUCCCGCGUGGCAGACGCGAUGCCCGUCCUGGAGGACGGGGCAGGAGAGGAAGGGGGUGGCACACUGGUGCUCAGCUGUUCCUGCUUCCGCGUGGAAGCCGGGGGAGAAGUCGAGCGGGGACUAGGCCAACACCGGGGGUUGCCGGCCGGCUUCCACUGUCCAAAUAUGGCCGUUUCUGUGCUGGAAGAACCCCGCGAAAGUUACGGGCAGAGGAGCAGCCGAGCCAUCCACGCCAUCGAAUAUGCUGACCUCGGAGCCUGUUACUACCGGAAGCAUUUCUACGGCAAAGAACACCAGAAUUUCUUUGGGGUGGAUGAUCAGCUGGGCGCCGUGGCCAUCUCCCUGCGCCGCGAAGAGAAGGAAGGAAGCGCCGGGCCACAGUAUAACUACCGUCUCAUCAUACGCACAAGCCAGCUGCGGACUCUGCGCGGAUCCAUUUUGGAGGAUGUUCUUCCCCUCACUGCUCGCCAUAGCUCUCCCCGGGGCGUCCCUCCCAAGAAGCUGCUGGAGCACGUCAUGCCGGAGCUGAGCCUGCAGUGCCUCCGUCUUGCGUCCAGCUCCCCGAAGGUUCCAGAGACGUUGCUGAAGUUGGACGAGCAAGGGCUCAGCUUCCAGCGCAAAGUGGGGAUCCUGUAUUGUCGGGAAAAGCAAGGCUCUGAAGAGGAUAUGUAUAACAACGAGAAGGCUGGGCCCACCUUUGAAGAAUUCCUGAGCCUUUUGGGAGAGCGGGUACGCCUGCUUGGCUUCGACAAGUACCGUGCGCAGCUGGACAACAGGAACGACUCCACAGGAACUCACUCUCUGUAUACCACAUACCAGGACUAUGAGAUUAUGUUCCAUGUCUCCACCAUGUUGCCCUAUACACCAAACAACCGCCAGCAGCUGUUGAGGAAACGACACAUAGGGAAUGAUAUUGUGACCAUCAUCUUCCAAGAGCCAGGUGCCCUCCCCUUCACACCCCGCUUGGUUCGUUCACAGUUCCAGCAUGUUUUCAUUGUGGUUAGAGUACACAGUUCUUCCACGGACCGUACCACCUACAGCGUGGCCGUCAGCUGCACCGAGGACAUCCCGCACUUUGGGCCUUGUAUUCCGGCCGAGAACUCCUUCGCCAAGGGCCCGGCCUUCCGGGACCUUCUCCUCGCCAAGGUGAUCAACGCAGAAAAUGCAGCCGAGCGCUCAGGCAAGUUCCACGCCAUGGCCACCCGGACGCGCCAGGAGUACCUACGCGACCUGGCCCUCAACCACGUCACCACCAGCACAUUGGAGGCGUCCACCUCCCGCCGGCCCCUGAUCACCUUGCCGGCGGCCAAGAAGCGCGAAAAGUCCAAGGUUCCCAAGGGGGCAGAGGCCCACAGCGCAGGCGCUUUGGUGUGGGGCGUGUGGGCCCGGGACGGGAGCAGAGAACCCGGCAGCAAGGCUCUGGAGCUCCGGUGCCUGCUGGGCAUCUCGUCGGAGUUUCUAGUCCUCAUUGAUGCCCACGAGAAGAGAGUGGUUUUUAACUGUUCGUGCCGGGACAUCCUAGCGUGGACUUUUUCUGAGACUUGCACGUUGGACCUUUAUUACGAGACCGGGGAUUACAUUUGCAUGCGUGUGGACGAGGGCCAGGCAUCCGACAUUCGUGAUAUCGUCCACCGGCUUCAACUGGUGACCCGCGGGUGUGAGACCCGGGAACUGACCCUGUUACGGAACGGCGUGGGCCAGCUGGGCUUCCAGAUGGACCACGAGGGCUUUGUGACCGAAGUGGAGCGCUUCACCUUUGCGGAGAAAGCCGGGCUCCAACCGGGGGCCCGCCUGGUGCGCGUCUGCGAGAGGCCCUUGCCCGGCCUGACCCCCUCCCAGACGGCCGAGCUCCUGCGCACGGCGAAAAAGGUCACCAUCACCGUCGUUCCCCCGGAUGAGAACGGAAGACCCAGGAGAAGUUUCUCCGAGCUGUACCAGAAAUCCCUGCAGGAGAAGCGGAAGAGCGAGCCGCCGGUCGGAGACGCAGAACUGAGCCGGCCAGGGAGCGAAGUGGUGUUCAAGCCGGCCACGCUUCAGCUGCUCCAUUCGCUGUCCCUGCAGGAUGGGGCCCCCCAUAACUUGGCGGAAGAGAGAACCGAGUUCUUGCAGAGCCACAGCAACCAAACCCUGGCACCUUCCGACGCGAUUCCACCCAAGACUUUCUCCGUGACGUCCAGUCCUCCUCCAGAUAUAAUCUUGGCAACCACUCCCAAAAUCUUCCCAGAUCGAGAUCUGGAUCAUCCAAGAGACCCAGUUGUGAACCAUCACACUCCAGUCGUAGCUCAAGAGGCCAAAAGUUUUCCUUCUUCCCCCCCAGGGGAGAAGGCCUCACCUUCCUUGGAAACGAGUGACAGCAAUAAGUUCUUGCCCCGGACGCUUUCCCUGCGGAAUUCCAUCACCAAAAUCCUCUCUGAAGCUGGGGAGUCCCUGGAAGACGAAUGGGACUCCAUCGCCAAUCUGGCCUUGGCUUGUAAUAGCAUCCUGGAAGCGCUCUCCCGGGAAGGCCAGCACAUCCUGGAGACUCAAGAAGCCUGCACCGCAGCCCAGAGAUGCGCCAAUCAGCCCCAAGCCAUUGACGAGUCUCAGCAUGCUCUCAGCCUGGCUGACAAAGUUUUGUGCUUGGAACUAAAACUCAAGGAGCUUCAGGAAGACCUUCAGAAGGAAAAAGCUGAAAAGGCAGCUCUACAGGCCGAAAUGCAGACCCUGCAACAGAACACAAAGCGGCUGAAAGAGGCGUCGGAGACGGCGGCAGCCCAGCUCAGCCAGGUCACGCAGAUGCUGGGGGGAGGACCAGCUGCCCCCCACUGCCCUUGAGGGCCCCCCACGGCUGGCCACCUCCGACUGCCCCAGCCCUGGACGGCUCACCCAACUAUCUCCCCAAAUAGACAGAGGACGCCACCGAGACUUCAAAGAAGCUGGGUGGUUAUUGGUCGUUUCCAAUAACCGAAUCCUUGCAUCCGCCUGGAAGUUCAGCUCUCCCCAUUUGUCGUGGGGGGGCUGCCUCCUUCCAGAAGAUGGGGGGGGGGGUAUUUGGAUUGGAAAAGACCCACGUGGCUGAUAAGCUCUUAGGUAUGACUCUUCGCUGUCCGGACCAGACUCUCUCCCUUUCUCCCUCCAGAUGUCUCCCCAUUUCAGUAUCCUCAAAGGGCAGCUGGUUUGGCCCAUCCUGUUUCGGCUG